AUUAAAUUAUUUUACCAAUUCUUGCAGAUUGUUGCACUCAAGUUAAAACCAACGGAUCAAGUCCUCAGCAGGAUGUUUUCAAGAAUAAAAUAUUCAGUAAAGAGAAAAUAGUAAUGUUCACAAGAAGUGAUCCCUGGUCUGUUUUUGGAGAAAACUGGGCAUUUCAUAGCAUUGAAGAUCAGUGCCAAACCCAGGAGAGUUGUUUGAGGAGCCAUUUGCUGGAGAGUCUCCAUGGAUGUAAUGAAGGUGAUCUCUGUGGAGAAACCCUAAAGCAGAUUACAGACCUUCCUGUGCAUGAGAGGUGUCCAGCUGGAGUUAAACCUGGUGAAUGCACGAAGUGUGGAAAAGCUCUCAGGGAUUGUUCUCUCCUUAAGAAUCGGCAAAGACCUCACACUGGACACAAACCUCAUCCAUGUGAGGAAUGUGGGCGGGCCUGCAGUUGUGUCUCGUGCCUAAGCACUCCUGUGGAAACAGACAUUGUAGAGAAGCCCUGUAAAGGACGUCAGGAUACUGGGAGAGCAUCUAAGAGACAUGUGAAGAGUCUCCGUGGUAAAAAAUCUUUCGAGUGUAAUGAAUGUGGGAAAGUUUACACUUGUGCCUCAUCUUUCUGGGGACAUCUGAGAGUUCACACUGGAGAAAAAAGCCACACAUGUAAAGUGUGUGGGAAAGCCUUUAUAUAUUACUCCUACCUGACACGACACAUGAGAACGCACACUGGAGAGAAACCCUAUCAAUGUCAGGAGUGUGGGAAGGCCUUCAGUCGCCCCUCAUACUUUAGAGAGCAUGUGCGACUGCACACUGGAGAGAAGCCCUAUGAGUGUGAGCACUGCGGGAAAGCUUUCCGUUGGUACUCAUACCUUCGAGAACACACGAGAACGCACAGUGGAGACAAACCCUAUGAAUGCAGGCAGUGUGGGAAGGCCUUCAGGUAUCUCAAAUGCCUGCGAGGACACAUGAGAAAGCACACUGGAGAGAAACCUUUCGUCUGUAAUCUAUGCGGGAAAGCCUUCAGUUGUCCUAAAUACUGUAAAAAACACGUGAAAACGCACAGUGGAGUGAAACCCUAUGAAUGUACGGAAUGUGGGAAAGCCUUCAUUUGUUCCUCAUCCCUUCGAGAGCAUGUGAGAAUGCACAGUGAGGAGAAGCCUUAUGAGUGUCAGCAUUGUGGGAAAGCCUUUAAGUACCUCUCGUCCCUGCGAGGACAUGAGCGAACACACAGUGGGGAGAAGCCCUAUGAAUGUCAGGACUGUGGGAAAGCUUUCAGGCAUCUUGUCUCUCUGCGAGGACACAUGAGAACGCACAGUGAGGAGACACCCUAUGUGUGUCAGCACUGUGGGAAAGGUUUCCGUCACCUUGGGUCCCUGCGCGCACAUGUAAGAACACACACUGGAGAGAAACUCUCAAUAUAAAGACAUAUAUUUUAUCUCAGACUAUAAAUAAUUGUACACUUACUCUAACACUUGUCUCCUUUCUAGUACAACAUCUUUUGGACCCAGGGGUAAUAAGUGUUUUUGCUUUUUUUUUUUUUCUGUGUGCAACUUGAUAUAAUUUUAGAUAAAAAGUUUUGAUUCUUUCCAUUAUGAUCCUACUAUGUGGUGAUGAUGUGAGACCUGUAUUGUUGAAAUUUCUUUUCUGGUCCACUGUGGCAAAUACUGGAAUCUUCCAACUCCAUAUCCACCUUCCCUUGUAGUCUUUAUUAUUGAAAGAUGUGUCUCUACACUUGUUUGUUGCUAGUGGGUACCACAUCUCUGUUUCUCACAGACAUUAGUAAUUGGGGAAAGAUCUGGAAAGUGCCAUCUGGUUAUGUUCAUAAUUGGACUCUGCUCAUUGUCCUUGAUCUUGGUUGGAAAUUGUCACGAUGCUUUGAGUUCAGAAGAGAGAGUUGUGGCAUGAAGAUGGAGCUGGUGUCCAGAUGCUUCUACUGAACUGUGCUGUCACUUUGGGGAAGGUGGGAAACCAUGUAUCCCAGAGUCCUUCUGUUUGUGGCUCUGAGUUAAAGUGCCCGAGCAGAGGAAGACACAUGAGGUUUGGAAAGCGGAAGUGGAGAAGCCAUGAUUCUCAGUUCUCCUGUCCCAUCAGGAGACAGAGGUGUGUGGGAACCUAGGGGCCUGUGUCACAGCACACUUUUCUGACUCCUGGCUCUGCCCAUCUGGAACAGCCCCCAGUCAAGCACCAUGUUUGACGUCAGUUCCCUCCUAAGCAGUAGGUUCCACAGACUUUUCCACAAGCUCCCCAAUCAUUGAUCCUCUUUCGUUUGCAGGUUCACACAAUUCCUUGCAUUUUCCUGAAGCUCUUUGGUGAAUCAGGCCACUUGUUCAUGCUGUCACACAUAGUGACCUUCUCUCAUCCUUGACCCCCCCUUCAUCUCCAAUGCUUCUCCUAAUGACAUGAAUUCUGUAGGGAGUAUCUUGUUCUCUACUAGUGGAUCGGUUUCCUGCCUCCACCCUCACAGAUUUAAUGCUGCAGCCACAAAUGCAGGAAACUUCCUUCCCUGGUUGCAUUGUUGCAAGGCUGCAGUAAUCUUCCACUUCAUCUUUCUGGAUAUUUCCAUGAUUGAAAGCAGCAUUUGUGAAUGUAUCUGGCAAUUUGUGAGCGUUUUCUCUUACAUCUGACUGCUCUCUAAAUGAUAAAUGCAGUAUGUUUAGUUUCUUUCCAUUUUUAUAUGUGAUUACCCAGUGUUUAGGUCUUUGACAUUUUUGUGGGAUAAAGAUUGUACCUGAGCUAACAUCUGUGCCAGUCUUCUGUACUUUAUGUGGGAUGCCACCCACAAACUCAGAAAGUGCUGUUCUGUUUUAUGUUUCAUUAAUGGAGGAUUGGUUAUAAAAUUAAGUUAUUUUUGUAAUUGUGUCAAAUUUUCUACAUAUAUUCUGGGAUAAUAGUACUAAAUAUAUAACUUUUGAACUUU